AUGCCAUCACAUCGACCACCAUUAGUGGCACCACAACAGCUAUCAUCUACUCAGCCUCCACGCCUACCAUUGGUGCGUCCACCAUCAGUGGCACCACCAUUAGAGGAGGCAUCGCAACGAGCACCAUCAGAGGGGCCAUUAGUGCCACCGCAUCGACCCCCAUCAGUGGCACCGCAUCAGCUAUCAUCCCGACUAGAGUCAUCGGCUUAUGAGCCAUCCGCAGACCCUUCGACUUCUUCACAGCCUCCCUCAGAGGAGUACAAGCCAAUUUGCAUGAAAAACUAUAACAGUAUAUGGAAAGAUCACAAGAAUAAGAUUAAGUCUAAGUAUUUCAAGCCUAGAAGUGAAGAUCCUAAUUUGAAGGAUGAUGCUCCUGAUGCAUCGAGUGGCCACCGGGCAUUUAGGGAAUCUGCGGAAGACAAGAAUCCAUAUACAGCACCACCAGAAGAUCAACUAAGAGACUUGUGGGAGAAGACAGGACUCAAAUUGGGUUCUCGGAUUAGGAGUUAG